CUGUCGCCGCCAUUUUGACUGAGGGCAGGCUGCCGCUGAGCUGUCCUUCUUGGCGCGGGUGUGGCUAAAAGCAGCGGGACCGGACCGGAGCUGGGAAGAAGAGCGAGCCUCAGAGAAACUUUAUAAUUCUAUGGCGACUUACUUGGAGUUUAUCCAGCAAAAUGAAGAGCGUGAUGGAGUGCGCUUCAGCUGGAACGUAUGGCCAUCCAGCAGACUGGAGGCCACGAGGAUGGUCGUCCCUUUGGCCUGUCUAUUCACUCCUUUGAAAGAACGAUUAGACCUUCCACCUGUCCAGUAUGAGCCAGUGCUAUGCAGCAGACCAACUUGUAAAACUGUACUCAAUCCACUUUGCCAAGUUGAUUACCGUGCCAAGCUUUGGGCCUGCAACUUCUGCUUUCAGCGAAACCAGUUUCCACCAGCAUAUGCAGGCAUAUCUGAAGUGAAUCAACCAGCAGAACUCAUGCCGCAGUUUUCCACAAUUGAAUAUAUAGUCCAGCGUGGUCCUCAGACACCCCUGGUCUUUCUUUAUGUGGUGGACACGUGUUUGGAAGAGGAGGACUUGCAGGCUUUGAAGGAGUCUCUGCAGAUGUCUCUGAGUUUGCUGCCUCCGGAUGCUCUUGUUGGCUUGAUUACCUUUGGCCGAAUGGUCCAGGUUCAUGAACUCAGCUGUGAGGGAAUCUCCAAAAGUUAUGUUUUCAGAGGUACCAAGGAUCUAACAGCAAAACAAAUACAGGAUAUGUUGGGUCUUUCAAGGCCUACUGCAUCUGUUCAGCAAGGAAGACCUCAUCAGCCACAGGAACAGCCUGUCAUUUCAAGCAGAUUUCUGCAACCUGUUCACAAAAUUGACAUGAACCUGACAGAUCUCUUAGGAGAGCUCCAAAGGGACCCGUGGCCAGUCACACAAGGAAAGAGGCCAUUGCGAUCCACUGGAGUAGCCUUGUCAAUUGCUGUUGGGUUACUGGAGGGAACAUUUCCAAACACUGGGGCCAGAAUAAUGUUGUUUACAGGAGGCCCUCCAACUCAAGGGCCAGGCAUGGUGGUAGGAGAUGAGCUAAAAACUCCAAUCCGUUCCUGGCAUGAUAUAGAAAAGGACAAUGCACGGUUCAUGAAGAAAGCUAUGAAGCACUAUGAGAUGCUAGCUAGUCGCACAGCUGCCAAUGGACACUGCAUUGAUAUCUAUGCCUGCGCUCUUGAUCAGACUGGUCUUCUGGAGAUGAAAUGUUGCACAAAUCUAACUGGGGGCCACAUGGUGAUGGGAGACUCGUUCAAUACCUCUCUCUUCAAGCAGACUUUCCAGAGAGUGUUCAGCAAAGAUCUCAGUGGAGAAUUCCGAAUGGCUUUUGGGUCUACUUUAGAAGUGAAGACUUCUAGAGAGCUGAAGAUUGCUGGAUCUAUUGGACCAUGUGUGUCCCUAAAUGCCAAAGGGCCAUGCGUUUCUGAAAAUGAACUUGGGAUCGGAGGCACAUGCCAAUGGAAAAUUUGCAGUAUUGACCCCACCAUGACUCUUGCUAUUUAUUUUGAAGUAGUAAAUCAGCACAAUGCACCCAUACCCCAAGGCGGCAGAGGAGCUGUCCAGUUUGUUACACAUUAUCAGCAUUCCAAUACACAGAGGCGUGUUCGUGUGACUACAGUAGCUAGAAACUGGGCUGAUGCGCAGAGUCAGCUGCAGCACAUAGAAGCUGCCUUUGACCAAGAAGCAGCAGCUGUCCUGAUGGCCCGGCUGGGUGUCUACAGAGCUGAAUCAGAAGAGGGGCCUGACGUUUUGCGUUGGCUUGAUAGGCAGCUCAUCAGACUUUGUCAGAAGUUUGGACAAUACAACAAGGAUGAUCCAAAUUCAUUCAGACUUUCUGAUUCGUUCUCUCUGUAUCCUCAGUUCAUGUUCCAUUUGCGUCGGUCUCCGUUCCUCCAAGUGUUUAAUAACAGCCCAGAUGAAUCUUCCUAUUAUCGCCAUCACUUUUCCAGGCAGGACUUGACCCAGUCCCUCAUCAUGAUCCAGCCUAUACUCUAUUCUUAUUCCUUCUAUGGACCACCAGAGCCUGUACUGUUGGAUAGCAGCAGCAUUCUUCCAGACAGGAUACUACUGAUGGAUACCUUUUUCCAGAUUGUUAUCUACCUUGGUGAGACUAUUGCUCAGUGGCGUAAAGCUGGUUAUCAAGAUAUGCCUGAAUACGAAAACUUCAAGCACCUGCUGCAGGCCCCAUUGGAUGAUGCUCAAGAAAUCCUGCAGACAAGAUUCCCAAUGCCACGUUACGUGAACACAGAGCAUGGGAGCAGUCAGGCACGGUUUCUCUUGUCUAAAGUGAAUCCAUCUCAGACUCAUAACAAUCUCUAUGCAUGGGGACAAGAGUCCGGUGCCCCAAUUCUAACAGACGACGUUAGUCUACAGGUAUUCAUGGACCAUCUGAAGAAGCUGGCUGUUUCAAGCGCAUCAUAAUUUUUACCUGAUAAGGAAACCUCAACAAAAAUAAUGAACUAAAAUCAUGCUACUGAUGACCCAGUCUGCCAAGAACUAAUAACAUUCCUUCACCUCCUUUAAAUCAUUUUUAGUGAUUCUACAUAACAAACAAAUGCAUUAGGGAAGUUUUGUAUUUUAGAUUUAACUUAUUGAUAUUCUUUCUCUGUAUGUUCUGCUAGUUCUACUUUUUCACUCAUGUAAUUAUUCCAUGAUGAUUUUUUGUCUAAUGUAAUUAAUUUUUCUGCACUUGGACUUAAGUAAAAUAAAACUGGAGGCAGGUGUUGGGCUGAA